UACAGGUCAGUUCGGACAGACCCAAGAGAGAGAGAGAGAGAGAGAUAUUAUAUACACCGGAUGUGUGGGAUUCGCUGUCCCAGAUGCACCAGAGGCGACAGCGCCCAGGUCUUCGGUUGUAUUCAUGACGUCCCAACCCAUUGGUGGGUCGAUGAGAGAUCUCCGAGUCCCAUGUGACAUGGAAGCGGAAUACCACCAUCGCAAAAAGGGUCUUCCAAAAAACCCUUUCCUGCCAACAGCAGGAUGAGUUACAGGAUGUUACAGGUAUCAUCCCAAUGAGAAUUCCCAUGAGAGACGACUCUGCCGAAUUCCCAUGGUCCCGUGGUGUGCGCCGGUCCCACGGUUUUGGUUUUGAGCGCUUUGGGGCGAUUGGCGCCUCUCGCCCCGAUGCCGCCUCCCAUACGCUACAAGCCGCCACUGCCAGUGCGUUUCAAGGUGCCCAAAGGGAACAUUCUCCCCUUGAAGCCCAACGAGCCGGAUAUUCAGCUUGGCAAGACGCUGGUGGCGGCCAAGCCGCACCGCAUCACCGCGGAUCAAAUCGAGAUCGGCCGGCGGAUCCUGCGGAGGUUUCUGGGUCGGAAGGGCGACUUCCUGGUAAACGUUCAUGCCACCUAUUCCGUGACGCGAAAGCCGCACGGUGUGAAAAUGGGCCAGGGCAAAGGGAAUAUCGAGUUCUUCGUUGCCAAAGUCCCUGCUGGGCGCGUCAUGUUCAAGAUCCCCUCAUUGAAUCCGAUUCCAGGAUACAAUCCAAGCUUUCGCGCCUUUCGCGAAAUCGCUGAUCAGAUGCCCAUGGCCACGAAGUUUCGGCAGCAAUACAACGACUUUGGAGAUUUGUCCAAGCGUCGCCGAUUUGUCAUGCAACAUAUGAUGACGAUGUUUGAUUUUUUGUGUUUGUGCUGAAGAGUUCAGUCUCGAAAAGUAUGGAACGCUCGCUCGUUUGAAACGGUCGAGACAUUUGGAAAAAGUGAAAUACUCUCCUUUGACCUUGCCCAGUUCAAUGAAACAUGUGUUUGCAAUUUGAUUGCAUUAUUUAACAAUUAUUUAACCAUUGUUUUAUAUUGACAAUAUAACUAUACUUCAGCUUUGACAGUAUAGACUCAGUGUGUAAGUGUGUAUCAUGCAUGAUGUGUAUAUGUAUAUAGAUAGAGAGUUAUAAUCAUAUGAGUUAUAUAUGUAUAUACAACUACUUAAAAUUGAUGUGCUUCAGGUAAAGCCUCAGCUUGCCAGCCCAAGUGCUUGAAAACCAACUGCACAUACAAUACUGCAUAUUUGCAAUCUUGAUUUCUCCAAGGUUAACCUCGCGAUGAGUGGCCUUGGUUUGAUGAGCUUCGUUUCCCACGAAGGAACCCCAAAGUCAGUACAAACUCUGAACUCUGUAGCCAAACUUUUCGCAAUAUGCUUCAUGUUUAUUUUCUUUUUGGAGGGAGGGAUUCCUGCCAGGGACACUGCUACAUGACUACAUGAUGAAGUAACACGAACUUGAAAUGAGGAACAUCCACCAAGCACAUAGUGCUUCAUGUGCUUCAUUGAUGAAAGCUCAUCUCAUGGCUCAUCAUGGCUUUUAGCUUCGGCAACUUCAGGCUUCAGGAACAGCAGCCGGGCCUAUUCAGCGCGGCAUCUUGUGAGGGAGAGGAGAGGAAC